UGCGGGAAUGGUAUACAGAUUAACUAAUUCAAUUUAAAAACAAACAAACAAACAAACAAAGAAACAAACAAACCUGGGAGGCAGGGAAGGGAAAGAUUCUGUAUGGCGAAGGGGUUUCAGCAAGAAAGGAAAACGGGACGCUGGUGUGGUCCAAGAAUCGUAAAUUUCAGGGAACGAGAUAAUGGUGGCGAGAAUGGAUCCGGGAAACAGUAAGAAUAGACUAGCAGAGAGGAAGGAUUGCAUUUCUUUGCAUGGCGAAGCGCGGGAUUUACAAAUUUUCACAUUAGCCAAUGGAGCUUGGCUGCUUUUCAUAAGCCAAUCAGAGAGAAGAUUUUUUUCUAUAACUAUAUCCAGAGCACAGCAAUCUUCUAUUUGAACUUGAGAAUGCGGGCAACUAUUUGAAAUGGCCAGGACCAAGCAGACCGCCCGUAAAUCUACUGGUGGUAAAGCCCCCCGUAAGCAGCUGGCUACCAAAGCUGCUCGGAAGAGCGCGCCUGCCACUGAGGGAGUGAAAAAGCCUCAUAAUUAUCGCCCCGACACUGUAGCCCUGCGAGAGAUCCACCGCUACCAGAAAUCUACUGAGCUGCUCAUCCGCAAGCUGCCCUUCCAGCGCCUGGUUCGUGAAGUCGCCCAGGACUUCAUAACUGAUUUGCAAUUUCAGAGCUCGGCUGUUAUGGCCUUGCAGGAGGCGAGCGAAGCCUACUUGGUGGGACUUUUUGAGGAUACCAACCUGUGCGCUAUUCACGCUGAGAGAGUCACUAUUAUGCCUAAAGACAUCCAGUUAUCCUAGGGUGAACGGGCUUGAAAGCUGCACCGCUGCAUUCUGACUGCUUAAAUACUCCAAGUCUCUUUUAAGAGCCACUACAUGAGCAUUGAAAAGAGUUGUAACUCACCCAUAAUGUGUAUCCUUUAAGCCCAAGACUUAACU